AUGUACAUUGUGCUUUUGACAGUAAGUUCGCUUGUGUUCCUUUGCUAUGUGCCUAAUUUCAUCCAGUUGAGAGCAGCUGUUUCGAGCAUCAAGGCACCCUUUGGUUGUUCCCUGCUGUGGAAUCGCAACAACACACCCUUGCCCUGGUUUAUGUGCCACAGGCUUGUCAAUGCGCACCACCAUCUGCUGGCCCUGAGAAUAUGCAAGGAACUGGACAUGGAUCAGGGUACUGUGCUCCACCACUGGGCAAAGGCCCGCAUAUCUGCGGAUGAGAGCACCACAAGCAACGAAGAGCUGAAGAACAUCCUUGCAGGGAAGCUGAAGGCUUGUCCUUUUGUACACUAUGCGACCAUAGCUGAACAUGCCCAGGCCCAAGGCAGGCGAGAGCUGGCUGCCCAGCUGUUGGAUGAUGAGACAUGCGCAGCAAAGCAGGUGCCACUGCUGCUGGAGCUAGAAGAGGAGCAGCGGGCCCUGGAAAAGGCAGUGGAGAGCGGCGACACUCACCUGGUGUAUCUGGCUCUGUUCCGCAUCUACCACCGCACAGUGGCUGCUGCCAAGGGGAUGCCAGAGUUCAUAAAGGCCAUAAGCUCCAAGCCCGCAGCUUAUGCACUCUUCAUGAAGUACUGCAAGGCCCAGAGUCCCAACCUUGCGGAACAAAUCUAUAACCUUGACGGCAACACAGAGGGCCUUGCCGAGAUCAAGUUCAACGAGGCUCUGUCCACCAGCUUGAAGAUUCCAACGGACACUGCUGGAGAGGAAACUGUGUCGCUGAGCAACCUCAGGGACAGAGUGGUGUCUCAGCUGCGGGACUGUGCAGCCCAAUAUGCAAAGUCACGCAAACACGAAUUCCAGUCCAAAUCGGCUGAAGAAUUCGCCAACCUUCGCAAGGAGCAAGCAAAGUUGCAACUGAGCACGGGGCGGAACAUGUUCUUGUCUCUGAGCGUCAUCGACACGAUCAGGCAGUGCAUUCGGCUUGGCUACAACAAAGGAGCUGCGGACAUCAGGCGGCAGUUUGGGAUUUCGGACAAGCACUUCUAUUGGGUGAAAGUUCGUACACUGGCGGAGAGGGGCCAGUGGGAAGGACUGGAGGUCUUUGCUCAGGAGCGAAGGCCGCCCAUAGGGUGGGAGCCCUUCAUUCAAGCAUGCGUCGAUCACAAUGCACCAAGAGAGAGAACGGGAAAGUUCAUUGACCGGUUGCCAGACAGCGAGGCAAAGGUGGAAUGGUACACCAAAGUGGGGCUCAACCUGCAGGCGGCCAGAACUGCGGAGAGCCUGCAGAGCAUCGACCUGAUGACCCGGGUCCAGGGCAUCGUGGGGCCAAAUAGCCAACUUGGGAUGAAGACCGCGCAGAUGAUCGAGCGGGUGAAGGGCCUUCAGCCUCGAUGA